GGUGCGGCCCUGGCACGCCGUUUAAUCUAGGCCUAAGGCCUAGAUUAAAAGGCGUGCCAGGGUCGCAUUAUCGUGCCGCUCUAGAAAAGUUCGACAGAUAAUGCGACUUUGGCACGCCGUUUAUUGCGCACGAAAUUGAAUUAAUGAGGAGGUCGCACCAACUUUCUGAAGCGGGUGGGCUAGUCGGAUAAUGCGACUAUGGUACGGCGAGGGAUUAAACGGUACUACAAGGUCGCACCAGUCAUAACGAUUACAUUAUGCAGAUUAGUUUAUAAUCAAUGCAAAUCGUUUUGGUUGAACAAAAAUAAAAAAGGAGCUACCCGUGCAGAGUACUAUUGGCUCCCUCCGUUCUUCGCGCAUGCGCCAAAUUGACAAUAACUCCCCUGAGACCCUGUAUGUAGCCUAAAAGCCCAUAUGUCCCUUGCCUCGCACUUUUCAGGCAAUAGUGAAAAUGGCGGCGUUUCGGAAAUCAUUACCUGAGGACUCGACGGUCGAGUACAGAUGUUCUGCAGCUCUUAUUUCGGGGACACAAAACUCGACUGCAUUUCAUGCGAAAUGCCGUUUUAUAAUUAAAAAAAAAAAACAGAAAACGCAGCAGGAGUCGCCUUUUCUUUAUUCUGCGGCAUGUAAUCAAUUUAUUCUCCUCUUCCUAUUAGACCAUAUUGCUCUGACCAAGAAGGCUUUUCUAGUCAUUUCUAGUCUUCGUGUUCUGUCCUCCAUUUUAACGCCAAAGACAAAGCAGCAUGUAUUUUGUGCCUGAUGACUAUAUUGUUACACUCCAUACCCAAAAAGUUCGACGUUUAUUGUAGAGCCGCUCUAUGAUCGAACCUCUACCGAACCAGAACGGUGCGACUCUGGCACGCAGUUUAAUCUAGGCCUUAGUCUGUUGUCAUGCGGAAACAUUGCGUAAAGGAAUGCAAAUCUCUUAAUCCCGAUGUUUUGUCGGAUAACGAAUUUGCAUUCGAAUUACUUUGGUGUUAAAUUUGUUACUAGACUAUUUAUUUAGUAAGCAAUAAAAAGAGACUUAACAACUCCCGUCAGUCUAAGGCAAGGAUGACUGCACACUGGUCUACUGCUUAUGCCCAUAGAAAAUGUCUUUGUUUGAUUGUUUGAAUUGUUUUUGUCUUUUUGCGUCAGAAACUUUCUCGAAAAUACGGGUUUCUAGCUAGAAACUAGCUAGUUUUAACAGCACGACUGUGAGAGAACGGGUUUAAGAAAAGUCCAGAUAUAACGGCAUGCAAAUCUACUCACCAAGUAGCUGACAUUCAACCAAUAGAACAACGUUAUUGUUUCGGAUGGUAGAAUAAUUUUCAAAUUCAAUUAAGUUAUUGUGCCCUGUUUCAAAAGAUUUGAAAUUAAGGUGUUUGAAAUGCGUCACGAGCACCUUGAAUAAAAACAUACAUACGUCGUGGUAUUGUUGUCUAGCCUUUCUCAACAAACAAGCGACAGUGCCAAUAUGUCCUUAAUUUGAACACUUGCAAGUGUCACGCCGCUCUGAGCCCAUACAAAAUGCUGUGUUGGUUUUCUUUAAUCGUGUCACUUUUGAGUUUCAGACUUUUCUCCGCAGCAAAUUUUGAGGUAGUACGUCAGUUUGCUUCUAACGGGGAUAUUGAUGCCGAUAGUUUUACAAACCCUCUCGGCUGUAACCAGGCUAGCGGUUGCUCUAGACCCAACAGCAAUGGAAUUGCAAACCAAGCAUAUUGUGAAAAUGGCGAUUGUUGUAAAUGUAAAUGCUUGAACGACUACUCAACAUAUGUUUUCCACAUGCAAGAAUGCAUAAAAAACUCAGAGAUCAACAAACUCUCUUGGACAGGCACAAGUUACUCCAUAUCUGAUAUCAACAGUCCAUUGGCUGUACUAGACCUCAUCAACACAACAGGGAAACAAAGAUUCGAAACAUCCACUCAAUUAAAUUGUUCUUCUCCCUCUGUCAGUAAAUGGGAGUAUUUAGACCAGGGCGCGUGGAAAGCAGUGCUUGGAUCUCCGUUCUCUGUUGACUACAAACAAGUCGCUGGUGGCAGAAAAGAACUUACGUUUCUAAAGUGGGAAAGUACACUACAUGUUCGAUAUGCCGGCAGAAUUUUAAGAAUUUCCUUCGCUUGUGAUAGCACACCAUUAGAGAAAAUGCUCGUCAAAGUUAAUGGAACUCUUACAAUUAUCUCUCCGAUCACAUCCGUCACAGCAACAAACGCGGUGUUACAGCCUUCUCCUAUCCCAUCGAAUACCUUGACUCCCUUAGUAUCAUCAACAGCAACAGAAGUAGCAUCGUCACCAUUCUCAUCGCCAUCGCCACUGUCAUCAUCGUCAUCAUCAUCAUCUUCUCCUGUAGCACCUUUGCCAUCAUCAGAGGCAACAUCGACAUCUUCCUCGAAAGCAUCACCAACACCAUCUCAUAUAAGUCCAUCUAAAACUUCGACAGUAUCAGAAGCAGAAGCGACAUCGCCUUCACAACCUCCUUCUACAGCCAAAAGCGUACUUCCUCAUCCUACAACCCCGCCAUUAUCAACACCCAAUCCUUCACAGGAAGCUGGUGGUUUUGACGCAAGAAGCACCGGUGCUAGGGGUUCUUCUCUGUACUUGGUUAUUUUUGGUGGAGUUAUGGUCGCUAUCGCGUGUGUGAUUGGUUACCUUUACUGUAAACACAAACGGAAAAAGACCUCAUCCCCAAAGCAAACAAAUGGCGCUUCCUUCACAUCUGCGUCACCAUUAGAAACUUACGAUCAGGAAUCACUUUACGAAGAACUGCCGGAAUACCAAGACCCUGCAUUAGACCCUGCAUUCGCACAUUUUGAUAACCUUGGUUAUGAGAAAGUUGUGAAAGAAAACAGGCGAUCAGCACUUGAUCCCCUUCCUCCGGUCCCAGGAAUUUAUCAACAGGCUCCUGCGACUUUACUAUACCAGCCGCUCAACAAGGCCACACGAUCCUCCACAGGUGCGCCUUCCGAGGAAGACUACCUUCACCCUGUCGAUUCCACGCGCACAAAACAAUCAGCCGUACUAAAACUCGACCCCCCACAAAACUCUGAUUACGACAAUUCGCCAACAGAAUCGCAAGACCAUGACAACCCGAUAGGAGGGAAAUCCCCGGUCGGAUACCCUCACACGGUCGUUCCCGAAUCCCCGGUAGAGGAGGAUAAACCAAAUAAACCAGAAGUACCUGCAAAGAUAUAUGAUGGUCACGACUAUGAUAACCCGUUGGGUGUUAAAUCCCCGAUGGAGGAAAAAUCCCCGAUAGGAUCAAAAAACGAAAUACCCGAUAACGGAAAUACGCCCAUUGGUAAAUAUGACGCUCCAAAUGUUCUUUACUUGGCGCCAAAUGGUCCUAUCGAUCCUUUGUACCACGUUCUUGAGGCAGAGGAGACAAACUUUUAAACUUUCACAAUGCGCAUGGUGUCGUAGAGAACAAACGCCUCCGAUUGUUGUUGACUUGGGAAGCAAAGUCCGUACCACUAAGCUACAUCACUGUGGCUUUUUGUAUUACCUAAUAGAUAAGCUUGUAGAAAUUUAUCAUGCAGAACGUGAUUUUUUAUUGAACGCCUUAUAUCUAAGGGCAAUAUAUAGUUUGGAGUGCAUUAGAUAUACCAGCCGAAUAGCUCUUAGUUCAAAUCAGCUCAGAAUAUUUCCUUUUUUGGAAACACUUUUUUGUUUUGACAUUCGAGGCAUCAAAACAUUGAAACAACCAAUCACAUAUCAAAUUGUAAGAUGACGUCAUAACACUCGCUAGACCUAAGUAAAAAAACAUGGCGGCCAUAGAUAGACGAGAAUAAGAGCAUAAAACAGUAUCUUUCUGCUUUUUGGUAGGGUUUAUAGACGUAUCAAAACUUGAAAGACUUGUAGAAAAGCUUUGGGUGCAAAGAUGUGGUAAAAAUUUAUUUUUCAAAUGGCUAUGUUCGAUGGAAAAGUCCGAUUUGCUAAAGUCAAUAGAUGACGGCGAGGAUGAUGGUCAUCACGAUUGAAUUACAGCGUGGAAGUGUAAUUAUACUGGAAUUCGAAGGCACACUUAACGGUGGACAAGCAGGCAUGGAUUCUUGACCCUCGAGUUGACUACUCAGUACUGCAAAUGGUUUUCGUUGCGUCCUCCGAAGCUCAUAAUGAAUGCAUAAAUACAUGCCUUACGGUGUGUUGUGUUUAGUUUCAAUAAGUUAUAUAUGCAGCCCGUCCGAGUUUGUCGGUCGAUCAUGAACAUUCAGUAUUCAAAUUGCCUUGUGCAGGCGCUGUUAAAAAUUUAAUAGGGGUCUAGAAUUUUUCAAAGGUGGUUCAAUUUAUGAAAACUAUUACAAUAGCUUUGUGCUUAAAAAAGGAUUGGACCAUUGGACCACAGAACCACACCUGGAUCAGCCACUGCAGAAAAUGACUUGACACAACAGUAUUUCAUAUUUGUUUUAACGACUUAAUAGUGGUAUAAGCUUAUAUCAUCUCAUCUCCUACACACAAAAAGCAUGUGGUACACAGAAUAUCAAAUAAAACAAAUAGAAGACACA